CUUUCUUGAAUCAAAAUUAAUAAUUUAAAAAGGUACGACCGACUUGCCUCAAAACUAAAGAUUUUCGCAGUUUCCGUUCGCGCAAAGUUUGUAAAGCACUUUUCAGUGAAAAUUUGGAUCAUUUCCCUAGGCAGAUGGAAAACAAUACGAUAGUGAAAUCUGAUCAUGGAGAUGAAAUAAGCCCGUGUUUAUAUCUCAUCAUCCUAGUUGUCUCUGUGUGUGUUAUAAUCCUGGGUAUCGGUGCUAACUGUUUCGUCGUCAUCUCGUUUUGUAAAAUGAAACAUUUGCGAACUGUGACAAACUAUUUCAUUUUUCAAUUGAGCAUUGCCGAUAUAUUUUUAUUGAUGUCUUUGGCGAUUUGGAUGUGCUUUUCUCAAUUAUCAACGAACGAAGAAGAUAAAUACGCGACAAAAGUUAUUCUUGCUUCCAUUGAGGUUUUUUCAUCAUCCGCGUCACUCGCCAGUCUCGCGUGUGUGAGCGUGGAUCGUUGUCUUGCUGUCACAGUACCUCUAAGAUAUCAAUCGAUCACGACCCAUUCACGUGCUCUUGUCGUCAUCAUCUCCGUAUGGAUUUACUCCAUCAUUACGUUCAUUACGUCAUACUUGCGUGAUGUCAUCACAAACGAGUUGUACGAGAAGGUCUUCAUCGGUUGUCUUUUCUCGCUAACGUUUCUUUUUCCGAUUAUAAUCACCACGUGGUCCUAUUUCCAGAUCUUUCGCGCGGUUUGGCGCCAAGUUCAUCACGUGGUCAAGCACACAACGUCAAACCGACGUAUGUGUACGGUUAUGAAGGAGUUUCGAAUGGCUGUCAACUUUUUGGUGAUAUUGUACCCACAUACCUACUGUGGGAAGUUUUGGCUAGCAACAGUCACAGAGGUUUUGUUAGAAAGGCACCCCGAGUAUCCCAAAGUUAUUAAUUGGUUGCUAGGCAUCACGCCUCAUUUUGCUGCAGCAUUAAAUCCAUUUUUAUAUAUAACAAUGACUCGUGAUUUUCGCGUGUUUUUUCUUCGUUUGGUGUCAUGCAAAAAACUACCGCGCGAUCUUACUUUUGACGUUGGCUCCAAACGAAAGUGCUCACUCUCCAUGCGAAGUUCGUUGAUCUCAACGCGAAGUUCUUCUGUUUCAACCCGAAGCUGUUCCAUCACGCAUGGAAUACCUAUCAACGAUAUGGUCAUCGCUGAAGAUUUUGUUAAAAUGUUUUAACUGUAGAAGGUAAUGCAUUGAAUAGUGAGAAUCUGUCGACAGAUCUUAGCUGUGUGACGUCAUCAAUUUCCGAGAAAGACCUUGUUCGCAAAGAACUUCGAAAUGAAACGAAUUAUCUCACUACGGAAAUGUAAAGCAAUUUAUUUUCUGAAUACCGUAAAUGAUCCAAUAAACGUUUCCCUAUCAAAUAAAUGGUGACUUUUCAUUAAACGCCACUAUCUAUAGUAAUCUCCGUAUCCGAUAAACACCUCCCCACUCGUUCCCCAAUGAACCUCUAGAAUUUAUCAAAUACCCCGGGCGUUUAUUGGAUGAUUUACGGUAAUUUACCAUCAGUCUUGUCAAUGUUAGUUUUCAUGUAGAAUAAUAUAAAAUAAAAUGUGCCUGCAAUUGCUGAAUUAGUUGGUGUCGUCAUGAGAAAGGUGAAGUUACGUAUAAAAAAUUACAUUAUAAAAAUUUACUUGACUGUAAUUUUUUACUGUUCCCAAUGACUCCUAGCUGCACGCAUUUUUUUGUUAUUGUGAUGUUUUGAAUAUUCAAUACAAUACAAGGGUAACACACUCUCGUCUCGAUAAAAAUUCCGUAGUCUGUAGUUAGGUUUUAGAUGUAAACAGCUCAAUAGAUAUUUUUUUGAUGAAAAAUAUUUGAAAUUUUAAUAACUUGCAGAAACAGGAAACAUUCCUUACCUAUGCCACAACUAUUAUACUUUAACUGGAUGCUGACAAACAGAGAAAUGUGUUGACUAUGUCUAAUUAAUAAUCAAUAAUGUAGUUAAUUAUUCAUUUGAAUUUGUUAAUUGAUCUUAAAGAAAAAAUCAAAAAAUGUUUCGCACAUUA